GAAGCGACGGAAGCGUUUCUUACACUUGAGUUCGAAGUCUCUAAUAUGCUUGCAAUACAUGCGAAACGAGUAACGUUGCAGCAAAAGGAUAUAGUACUUUGUCGAUGGAUUCGGAAGCGCUUCCUAGGGGAAAAUAACGGAAAAGAUGACUUUUAA